AUGCAACAACAUCCAAGACAUAAUCCAUCCAAAAAUCUAUCAGCAAAUGAAUUACAAUGUUUAUACGAUAUACUUGGAAAAAAUUGUGUGACUUUAGGAACAGCUGUUGCAAAAAUUUCACAUGAUUCCGAUGGUACUUGGAUAGAACAAGCAUGCGGCGUUUUUUGUUUUGUUAAAGAUUAUCAUAAUCGAUCGUAUUAUUUUCGGUUAUAUGAUCUGAAAUUAGGAAACGCAAUUUAUGAAGAGAGAGCACCAUCUUCACUUCAUCUUGUAAAAGUGUCAGAUGCUUUUUACACAUUCGACGGAUCAAAUUGCAAAAUUGGAAUAAAUUUUGAUGAUGACGAUGAAGCGCAAACAUUUUCCCAUCAUUUUCAUGCAAAACAAGCCGAUCGACAAAAAAAGAAAAAAACUAAUGUACCAACAACCAUUGUGUCACAGCCAUCACCAUCAUUAGCAACAACCACUGUUGAUACUCUAAAAAAAUCAAAUGUAGCAAAAAAUUCGGAUUUUUCAAGAAUUGGUCCGAAUAAAAAGAUACCUGUUCGUCCUUAUAUAUCAGCACCAAUUCAAUCGACAUUGGUUCAUGUUAGUCAUAUCGGUACCAAUGAAAUUUUUUUCAAUAAUGAUGCAAAAAGACAAAUGUUCGAAAACGUAUUAGCUGGUAUGCAUAUAUCAGAAGAAGAGAAAUCAUAUGUUCGAGAAAUUGUAAAAACAGAUGUUGGUUUACAAAAACUUCUCGGAGAACCAGUAGCACCUACACAUGAUGCUAAUAAUCAAGGACAACGACAAAUAUCAAGUGGUGCACCAGAAAUACCUUCACGUAGUUAUAAAACUAUAGGCCGAAAUUCACCAACUGUACCUCCACUGUCACUCAUAGAGCUUCAAGAAGGAUCUGUUAUGGAUUCAAACCAAGUAAAAGCUCGGCGUGCACCUCCGUCACCGCCACCGUCACCUCCAAUGCCCGCAAAUUUAAUGAAUCAAAAUCAAAGUUCAGGUGGUGCGCUUACACUUCGCCCACCCCCACCACCUCCUUCUUCAAUGAAUCCAAUAAUUUCAAGGGGACCAGUAACGGAUUCAUCCUCUGUUCCAGCUUCAAGUUCGGUAAAUGAAAAUUUACUGGAUGAUGCUAGCUCCUUCGAUAUAUCUGGAUUAAAACAACGAUUGGAACGACUAGCAUUACGAGAAGUUUCACCAACAGAUGAUACAAAUUCUGAAGCACAAGAUAAAAUGGCAAUAAGAAUUUCCCAAAUUCUUGAUGAACGACAAGAAAAACUUAGUGAACCAGAAGUUCAAGAUAAUAGUUAUUCAAGUGACGAUGUAUUAUCUAACUAA